AUGUGUACUAAUACUUCUGAUUUAAGAAGUAUAACUAUUUUGUUCAAUUACAUUAACCUAUUGUAUAUAUUUCAAAUAGCAUCGUCUGGAGAAAAUAUUAAAGAAAUAUUCAUACCCAUUGUAUCUUCAGUUAGCAGUAUUGUAUAUAUGUUUGCAGCUAAUUAUAUCGGACAGGAUUUAAUAAAUCAUAACAAUGACAUAUAUAUUACUGCAUACAGUAUUCAAUGGUAUAUGGCACCGUUACAUAUACAAAAAUUGAUAUUAUUUCUAUUGCAAAGAGGUGUCAAAGAUUUAUCUUUAAAUGUUGGUGGAUUAUUUACUGGAUCGCUAGAGUGUUUUGCUACGCUGGUAAAGGCUUCGGUAUCUUAUUUUACCUUCAUAUAUUCUACGCGAUAAAGACAAAAAUGGAUUACAUGGAAACGUGAUAUAGACAUAAUUAGUCAAAUGAAGUAGUACAAUUAAUUUACAUUUAUUUUUGAUAGUACUAUAAUUAGAAGUAGUCCACUCUUAAAAAGGAACCGAUUGUUGACAGUUUUCGUCAAUUGGUUUUUUCGCUGCGUUUACUUCGUGUCGCAAGAGUAAUUAUCAUUGCGAUUGAAUUUUGAUAGCUGUCAAAUUAUGACAAUGUUAGCAACUUAAAUUAACAACAUGAUAAAUGUAUAAUAUAUAGUAUUAGUGAGUUAAAAAUAGUGAAAAAUAAAUGUUUUUAUUGCCAUUUCUUCGAGAGAUGUUAUCAUUAUAGAUAGUUGGUAAGUGACUUAUCUUAAAAAAAGAGAUCAUCAACUUUGUGAGACUGUCAUUGCGGAAUUAGUAAAUAAUAAUUUGUAUAGAUGAUUUGUAUAGAUAUCUACACAAUUAGUAUGGAAAAUUAUUGUAUUAU